GGCUGGUGAGAUUGUCGCGCCGGAACAGGAAGUGAGCGCAACAUUGUAAACACUAGCGGUUCUGCUACUGUAGCAGCCAUGCAGCAUUGAGCGAGAGGGCGUUUAAAGCGCACUAAGUCGAGUAUUCUUGCGUGCAUUCCACAAAAUAGUGCGUGAACCUGCGGAUGAGCAUUCAUUCAGCUUAAGAUGGGUGUGAAGGGCUUACAGUACUUCAUGGAGACGUGCUGCGCAGACACGUGUGUGCCAGUGGAUCUGAAACAGAUGGCAGUGGAUCAUGUCAAAGCCCAUCCGGACAGAGCCGCCACCGUAGUAGUAGACGGAAUGGCCUGUUUAAGAUACUGGUAUCGCUGUCAAGCUUGGGUCCAUGGCGGUCAGUGGCAAGAGUACAUGCACAUCCUGCAAGAGUUUGUGGAUGCGUUUACGGCUGCAGGCAUAGGCUUAGUCUUUUUCUUCGACGGAAUGGUCGAGGAUCAAAAGCGGGCAGAGUGGGUGAAGAGACGUCUGAGAGUCAACCAAGACAUUGUGAGAAUAUUUCAGCACAUUAAGACUCACGGUCAGCAGCCGGACAGCAGAGACCUUUUCUGCCUUCCCACUGGACUCGCAACCUUCUCCAGAUUUGCCCUCAAAAGCCUCGGCCAGGAAACACGGUGCUCUGUUCGCGAAGGAGAUUAUGAGAUUUCCGACUACGCUUUGUCUCACGACUGCAUGGGCAUCCUUGGUCAAGACACAGACUUUGUUAUCUACAACACGGUUCCAUACAUGUCCAUCAACAAGCUCAGUUUGACCAACAUGACAACAGUGCUGUUCUCCAGAGAAAGACUGUGCCGAGUUUUGAAGCUUCAUAUGACGGACCUUCCUCUCUUGGCCUGUCUGUUAGGUAAUGACGUGGUGUCUGAACAGCAAAUGCAGCGUCUCCGCAACAGUGCUUUGGCGUCAUUUCGAAAGAAACACAGGCAAGUCCAGGGAGACAAGGUCUACGCUGUUGCAGACUUCAUUAACGUUCAUCAUCCAACAUUUGGUCUUUCCUCACUGUCGUUAGUUGAAGAAGAGAAAGAAGCUUUAGAAAAAGGCAUAGCAAUGUAUUUACUUCCAGGCCAAACAUCCCCUUGGUUAGAAAGCAGCCGUCCCGUUCCUGAGUCUGUGUGUUUGAUGGGCGAGUUUGUUCCAGGUGACAUAUUACAGGCGGCGCUAGAAAAGCACACACGGGCAGAGUGUUUCCUGCUCUAUAAUGUGUUAUAUGAUGGAGUCGUGGAGUGCAGUAACACUUUGGAAGAUGAGGAUGAGGUGGAGUUACCACCGCAGGCCGUCUUAUAUCUGCCUGUCCGAGAACGAAUCUACGGCCUUUUACUGCCAGUGCAGCCAGAUUAUUCUGGUCAGACUGUGUCAGUCAAAGAAUGGUUCGUCUUUCCAGGAAAUCCACUUAAGGAGCCAACCAGAGUCACUCCAAAACCCCUUAAUAAUCUAAAAGGGCCCCUUGAUCUGAUGGCUCUGUGGUUUAGGACGGACCCAGAGGUGAAAGCAGUUCAAACAUCAACACUCCUGGAUGUCUUUGACCUGUAUGAGUUUACUGAAGAGCUGAAGUCCUUUGACAGCCCUUUGAUUGCUGUGAUUUGUCUGGUAACCUACAUCGCCAUUCAGGCGAGACAGCUUUCCCUGGAAGACGUAGAUGCAUAUCUAAGCCAAGCUGUUUGUCUCAGACACAAAUCCUUCGGAGAAAUUAAACUCUGGACCCCUUUUGUGGACCCUAGGGCCGUCCAGCUGGGCUCUCUCUUUGUGCGGGGUCUGACUUACCUCAUCGCAGCCAACAGUGCUUGUGGUUUCCCUUUCCCAGUGGGAGAGCUCAUGCCAUGGAAGACCUUUGACGGCCUGCUCUUCCAUUCAAAGUAUCUGCAAGCCCACUCAGGUUGUCCGAAAGAGGAGCUUCUUGAAGGAAAUUCCUCUGGGAUGUCUUUGUUCAUGUCCAUCAGGGAGCUGGUGCUGGAAGCCUGCAGGAGGCGCGGCGUCCCCAUCCACAGCCGACCGCGUAGACUACAACACAGCGAUGCGAGACCCGUGGAGGCCGAUGAUCUGCAUCGAGAAAGAGGACACCAGCUGCAUCCCAGCACAGGGCAGGAGUUCAGACAGCAGCCCAGAGCUUCAGCACACUACCAGCACGGUUAUAGACCCAGACAUCCAAAGAGAGGAAGGUAUCACCUCGCACCACGAUGGCCCCGAUCUCAAAACUAAACAACAUUGACUGAUGAGAAAUAAACUACGAGGCUCUUGUGGAAACAAUUGUCACCCACAGAACAAAGCAUUUCAUUCUCAGAUGUGAAUGUUCAUGUCCAUGUUCUUGCCUUAAUUUAGAUUCUGCCCUUUUGUUUUGACUCCAGAUGUUUGUGACACGUUGCUGCAGUACCAGUAAAAUCACUCAAAAACAUCAAAUUGUACAUGAAUAUGCAUUUUUAACAGUCAGAUAGGACAAACUGUGUUCAGUGAUAUCCCUGAAAGCCCUCUUAUAGUGAGAUUACAGUCUUUUUUUCCCCUUCCACGUGGAUGAUAUGAAUCAGUGACCAAAAUGGAAGCUUCCUAAACUGUGUGCCAAACCCAUUCAUUUUCCUCAGACCCUAAUUAGUCUCAGAUGAUCUCUUACCUUUCAACUGCUGGUUUGGCCUUGACUCCAGUUGUUCACAAUUACAAAUAUUAUUUGUCUCCCUCAACACAUUCAGAUUCUAGAUUUUCAAGCAGCCAUUCUUUUAAAAAAAAAUGUAAUGAUAAUAUGCGUGUCAUUUCAUCAAAAGUCGCGGUUGUGGUUCUGGCAAAUCGUGACCAAAAUGUACUUCAACCCCAUAUUGGGUUGAUACUCUGUUUCAUAUCCAUCCUUUCUAAAAGUUCUAGGAUUACAGUUCAUCCAGUAUUUUAUGUCAUGCAAACAUUAAAAUCUGCCUAAAAUAUUG